AUGGUUGUCUCAAAUCUACAACAGCAACGUUUGGUCACCGAACAACUUCGCAGGGAAGCGGCUGUGAAAAGAAUGCCCGUUUCGAUGGCCGUUAAAGACAUCAUCAAGUACAUUAGCGAACAUGAACAGGAUGAUUGCUUGCUUGUUGGGUUCUCCAGCCAACGGGGCGGCAACCUUCGAAUCUCGCAGUCUAAACAAAGAGUCCAAGGUGAGAGGUUGAGUUUUCAAAUAAAUGUAAAAAGAUCAUUUAGAAAAAUGGAACUUGAAGGAUCACAGGUUGGAAAACCUUUUAAAAUUACCGACCUUUCGAGAGAAACUAAAAAAGGUAUAGUGGCUGAAUCUUUAGAAGAAUUAACCUCAAAAGUGCGCGAUAAAUUAAACAUAGAAAAUAUCGAAAAUGUUAGAGUAGUUUUGGAAACAGAUGGUACUGAAAUAGAUGACGAGGAAUAUUUUGCCACUCUAGACACAAAUACGAGUUUAAUGAUCCUCCAAGAAGGAGAAAACUGGAUGCCCCCAAAGCCCCCUUGCAGAUUAAACAUUGAUCAAGUAGAUGACAGUAAAGGGGGCCAGGAAUUGGUGGGAUUAGUAGGUAAACUUAAAAAUAAUCUAUGUCACGUGUCUCUGCUCGGGGGAGCCGAAUUAGAGCUUCUGAGUGAUAUGGAUCCAGAAUCUCUUGUCGAUUUAACUUUCCCUGAUAGGCUUUUUUUGGAGAACUUAAAAGAAGCUUCCGGAAGGUAUCUUUCAGAGAAACGACAAGCUCAAGAUGCGAUGGAAUUGCUAAGGUUGUAUCAAGAAAAAGAAGCAGACGGCGGGAAUUAGAACUGGCGGCCAAAUCGUAUUAAAUUUCUGUUACAAGUUAUACCUUUUGAAUUAUUGUGGUGGCCGCAAAGUCUCCCCAGGUAAAAUAUGUAAUAUACACCAGAAUAAGACUGAUUUGCCAUAUUGUACAUACCCAUCGAUGUACCUAGGCGAUAACAAAUCAACCAAAGAAAUAAAUAAAUAUCCCAGUGGCUUACCAGUCAUAUUUACAAUAUACAACAAUAAUGUCCUUCAUUUGUCGAGUUUGAUGGCAAAUACUAAAAAAGUUACAUGCCCUUCCCUCGUAUGUCAUAUAUAGUUUUGCCCUAAAAUUAACCUUGUUUUUUUCAUCAAACUUCUCCACAUUUAACGGUUUGAAAUUUUAAUUGUAAAUAAACGAAAAGGCGUGCUAUAUUUUUCCUAUGUAUCUAUAGACAUUUUUAAUAUUGUAACUUGUAUUAUCUGUACACCAUGUAAUAAAGGAUAGUUGCGUUAA